AUGCCGCCCAAGCGCAAAGCCGCCGAUGUUGGCCGAUCUGCAAGGGAGUCAAAGCGAGCCACUCCAGUACCUGAUGUGACAGAAGUCUCCAGCAGCGAUGAAUAUUCGGACCCGGAUGAUGGGCCGGUGGAGGACAACCUGAAAGCCGGGAAAAAAGACGUGGUGAACAAGUUUUCGCUUGAGUCUUUCAGCAAGCGCUCGCAGUCUCAGAAAACCGACCCUCGCUUCGGUUACAAAGAUCUUUCAUAUCUCCCUCUCAAGCGCGACCACUACAAUCGACCGCUGUGGAUCGAACCGGUAAAAGGCACGAUCACAUUGGAGAGUUUCUCGCCUCUCGCACCCCAAGCACAAGACUUCCUGACUACCAUCGCCGAACCGCUUUCACGUCCCACUCAUCUUCAUGAGUAUCGCCUUACCGGCCACAGCCUUUACGCUGCUGUAUCGGUUGGCCUGAAACCUGAGGAUAUCGUCGAGUUCUUGGAUCGUUUGUCUAAGACACCGCUUCCGGAAAGCAUCUCACAGUUUAUCACUGAAUUCACCAAGUCAUAUGGCAAGAUCAAGAUGGUGCUGUACCAUAAUAGGUACUACGUGGAAACGGUGGAGCCAGAGAUGCUGCAAAUGCUUUUGAAGGACGAGGUCAUUGGCCCUCAAAGAAUUUCGAACGGAGAAGGAAUUAUUGAGAGAGCCGCACCGAAGAUGGGUGCCCUCGUCAUUCCGGGAACGAAGGAUGCAGCCGGUGUGAGAGAAACUGCAGAGCAGACAAAAUCGUCGGCUCCCGGUCAGAAUGAAAACGAAGGCGGCAGGCAAAACUACGGCAUCGAUGAUGUUGGAGACGAGCCAGCGGAAGCUCUCACAUACAGUUUCGAGAUUCCUCCCGAGGGUGUCGAAGUGGUCAAGGCCCGUUGUCAAGCUAUUGGCUGCCCUGCCCUCGAAGAGUAUGACUUCCAGGGCGAUACCAUCAAUCCUAACCUUGACAUGGAUUUGAAGCCCACGGCGCGAAUUCGUCCAUACCAGGAAAUGAGCCUGAGUAAGAUGUUUGGCAACGGACGAGCCAAGAGUGGCAUCAUCGUUCUUCCUUGUGGCGCCGGGAAAACCCUCGUUGGUAUCACGGCUGCCGCUACCAUCAAGAAGGGAACAAUCGUCCUGUGCACCAGUUCUAUGUCCGUCGUCCAGUGGCGGAACGAAUUCUUACGCUGGACUACCAUCGACCCUGGCGACAUUGCUAUUUUCACCUCUGACCACAAAGAGAAAUUUAAACGGUCCACAGGUAUCAUUGUAUCGACCUACUCCAUGGUGUCUCAGACUCGAACACGAUCUUAUGACGCUGAAAAGAUGAUGAACUGGCUUCAAGGUCGGGAGUGGGGAAUGAUGAUUCUUGACGAGGUGCACGUCGUGCCGGCGUCAAUGUUCCGCAAAGUGACAUCGGCUAUUGCGGCGCAAACCAAGCUUGGUUUGACCGCAACCUUGCUUCGUGAAGAUGACAAAAUUAAAGAUCUGAAUUUCCUGAUCGGGCCCAAACUGUACGAGGCCAACUGGAUGGAACUGGCUGCACAGGGCCACAUUGCCAAGGUGCAGUGCGCCGAAGUUUGGUGCCCCAUGACCACAGAGUUCUACUCCGAAUAUCUGAGGGCAAGCUCGCGCAAGCAAGCGUUGCUGUACAUCAUGAACCCUCGCAAAUUCCAGGCAUGCCAGUAUCUGAUCGACUUUCAUGAAAAGCGCGGCGACAAGAUCAUUGUCUUUUCGGAUAAUGUCUACGCCCUGGAGAAGUACGCGCGGAAAUUGAACAAAGCCUUCAUUUACGGAGGUACUGGCCAGAAUGAGCGUCUGCGUAUUCUGGAGAACUUUCAGCAUAAUGAGCAAGUCAAUACCAUCUUCUUGUCCAAGAUCGGCGACACGUCGCUUGAUCUACCUGAGGCCACAUGUCUCAUCCAAAUCUCCUCGCAUUAUGGCUCUCGUCGCCAGGAGGCCCAACGCUUGGGUCGCAUUCUCCGAGCCAAGCGCCGUAAUGACGAGGGAUUUAACGCCUUCUUCUACUCGCUUGUCUCCAAGGAUACGAGUGAAAUGACUUACUCGUCUAAGCGACAAGCUUUCCUCGUCGACCAGGGCUACGCUUUCAAGGUGAUUACUCAUUUGCAAGGCAUCGACGACUACGAGGGUCUUCACUAUGCGACCCCGUCCGAGCGCCGCGAGCUUCUCACCGAAGUGAUGCUGCAGAAUGAGUCCUCCGCCGAUGUCGAACAAGUGACGGAUGACUUGUUCUCGAUGCGUAGCGGAGGACGCAACACCGCGGCCGCGAAGAGGGCCAAGGCCAAGCGUAGCGCCGCUACCCUCAGUGGUCUGGCUGGCGGUGACGACAUGGCGUACAUUGAGUACAAUAAGAGCAAGAACAAGCAGUUGAAGGAGAAGGCGGCCCAGCAUCCUUUGUUCCGGAAGAUGGAGCGCGACCGUCUUCGUCGCAAGAAGGAGCGCGAGGCCGCGUUGCAAUAG